UCCAACACGUUCAGUGACCUGCGCGGCGCGCGGCUUGCUCGACGUCUACUCAGACCGUGCGCUUUUCAAACAAAAUGGACGUCUCCAACGUCGUAUUCCCGCGCAAACUCCUCACCGAAUUCAUCGCAAUGUACCAAAACUUGCCUUGCCUAUGGGACCGCGAAUGCGCAACGUACAAAAACAAGAAGAAACGACACGAAGCCAUUUCUAAAUUGACGGAGUUGGUCCAAAAGUACGACACGAGCGCCACGCGCGUGCAUGUUUUGAGGAAGAUUGAAAGUCUGCGAGCAUGUGUGCGUAGGGAGCACAAGCGAGUGGUCGAGAGUCGGCAGAUGUCGAAUGGCGGAGAAAUUUACGUCCCUCAGCUGUGGUAUUACGAUCUAUUUUCGUUUAUGUUCAAGGACGAAGUCAACAAAUUCCCGAUGAAGAGAGAUCACGCUGUGAGCAUUCUUUCCGUUGAAUCAGAAGAAGAACACGAAGAGAUACUAGGAGACGAGGAGUCAACCUUCGAAACCCACUCGUACGCGGACUACAACAACGUGGCUGUGGACAUGAACGACUCCAGUUCCUCCAAGGGUUACAUCACUUUUGAGGAACAGGCCAAGAGCGGGAAGCGGCAAUGGACUGAGGUGGAAGACGAGUACGAUGCUAUUGGAAUAAAUGUGGCAGCUAAACUACGCAACCUGGGUCCCAACAUAAGAAUAAUCGCUGAGAAACUUAUCAACGAUGUCCUAUUUCAAGCACAGUUAAAUGGACUGAAUUCAUCUACCGUAUUGUCAACGACUGAUCCUUUUAAACAUGAUAGUAACGGUUAAAAUCAAUGUCAUCAUCAAAUUUAACUAGGUUCUUGUCCGUGGAGUUUCUUCCAUUGCUCUCUCCAAAGCUAACUGGUCGAUUGACUGGGUAUAAAAUAAUAUGCAUAUAGGUAUAUAUAAAUAACCGAAUACAAUAAUUAAAUCACUUUAAUUGAUUAACUUUAUUGAUUACGAGAUUUACUAUUUUUUCGGUCUCAUAAGGAAAUUAAAAAUUUGCAUAGUGCAGGAAUUAGAAAUGCUUUUUGACUAGAAAAUCCGUGACGUGUGGCGUCGCGCAUUAUUGUCAUACAAGUUCCAUAUAAAACGUUGUUUUUGACAUUAGAAAUAGUAUCUGAUUUGACUAGUUGGAGAGUAGACUUCUUGAUACGACAAAAUUCAUGUAAAUUCCAAUGAAAAUUCAAAGAAAGAACAUUCAGAAAGCAGGAAGUUUUUCAAUUAUGCAAAGAUUCUAUAAAGAGAUAAAACUGAAAGAUACAGAGCGGAAUAGGAGCGGAAUUACUGAACUCUGUAACAAGUUUUAUAGUUAUAGUAAAUAUAUAAAAAUCUUUAUUAUUUUUAAUAAAAUACGUAGCGUAAUAUUUUGAUGUAAUUUAAAGUUUUACAUAUAUUACGUUUUCAGCAAU